UUCAAAAAAAAAAAAAAAAAGAAAGAAAAGAAAUAUCCUAUUAAUGUUUACUUGAGUAAAUCCCCUCUUUUUUUCUAGGCCAUGGUUACCAACUUGUAAAGUAGGGAAGGUGUAAUAAAUGGCCUCUGAAGUGUUGUCUGUAUACUGAUUUGCUACCAGUAAAACAUCUCUGUAAGUAGCGUCGCAGGCAGAAGGGAAGAAUUUUGUUCUUUGCCUCAUUCAGUCACCUGAUCAUUAACAGCAUGCAUUUAUAUGACGUUGAGACACAUUUGAAACAGCUAUUUGGUUGUCUGUGGUAGCCCAGGCUGAAAUGUCAGCUGUCGGAGGGAAGGGAGCAGCAGGACACAGUAGUUAUUAGUAACUUGUAUGGCUCCUUCCUCCCCUGAUUUUUAAGUUAUUUGAUAGUCUUAGGAAUUAAGAUUUGUUCAUCUGGCCUAACAAAAUGAACACUUCUAGUAUAUUGACAAUCAUUCAUGAUUCAGCGAAGAAAUACAAAUGAGGGAAUCAACAGGGGAAAUAGGAACUAGCCUCAGUGGGGUUCCUACUUUGUACUAAGUAUUCUCAUGAAUCCAUGAUGCCAUGAACUGUUAACAAUAACUUUGUCUUAAUUGUCACAGUAACUUUGUCCAGCUAGGUAUUACUAUACCUACUGUAAGGGAUGAAGAAAUGGAGCUCUCACGGUCAAUAGCAUACAGCAGAACUGAGAUCCAUUCACCUUUUUCUUUUUCUUAAUAUCACUAUUUUUUUGACCUUAAUACAGUGAUACAGAAGAAAAAUUUGGAAGUAGAAAGUGUUCCUGCCAAUAUGAGAUUAUCACUUGUGAAAGGAAACUUAAGAGUUUUUUUUUUUCCUAGCCUAGCACAAUACGAUUUGGAAGUAGCUGCAUGCUUUGUGCUUCUCUCUAGAGCAAUGGGGAAAGAGGUUGGUCGGGGAGCAAUUGUUGCCUCUGUCUUUCUGCCGGUUGGUGUAUUUCUGGUUUGUUCCCGCCCACCCACUCCCUUACCCACCAUGUGAGACGUUGUUUUCACCAUCUGGAAACUGUCACAACUUGAGUGAUGAGUCAAUGACAUAGCACACUCUUUGAUUUUCUGAUUCAAGACAGAGUUGUUGUUUCAAUAUUGACCCUCUAGACAGGGCAUGUGAAGGAUGUUUACAGCUGACAAGAGGUUUCAUUUUAUUGGAAGAUACCUCAUUUACUUGAAGGUCGUUGGGGAUUCUGAACUUCUCAUAAAUGGAGAAGCUAUUUUUACCUGGUAGUCAGAGAAAAUGAGCAAGUUUGUGUUUGGAUCAGUAUACCACUAUAUAAACUCAAAUUUAUCUUCCAUUUUACCUAUUUCAUAUAAAUAUAGAUGUUUAUAUAAUAUACACAUAUAUUUUAACCUAUUUAAUACAUAGGACAUAAUAUAUAAAAACAUAUUUCAUAUGUAUCCAUUUUUUAAAUCCUUAUAAUAAUUACCAUCUGAGUUUUUUACUAUUUGGAGAAUGUUAGAGCUUCAUAAAUUGUGAUGCAUGUUGAAAAUUUCUACAGAGGAGUGCUGCAGAUAUCUUGCAUCCAUUCAUUCAGUUAUCUUCCAGUUCAAUCCAUAAUUUUAUCUUGUGUAAGACUAUUCCAAAUUUUAAUACAACAGCUAACAUAGGGGUAGAAAAACUCCCCUCCAUUCUUCUAGUGUCUUAGGUGAGUCUGAAAAUUAAAUUGACAUUAGAUUAACAGGAAAAAAAUAAUACAAAUUUACUCAUCAAAUAUUAUGGGACACGGGAGCACAUGAAGAAAUGAAGACCUGAAGAAAUAGUUAGAGUCAGUUACUUAAAUACUGGAUUGAACAAAGAAUAGUAAGCUAUAAAUAUGUGACUAAAUUAUGUGGGGAUGCUAAAGUCUGUACAGAAUUCUCUUGUUCUCAUCUUCUCAUCCUUGUAGAUAAGGAGCUUGCAAGGUGAUGAAGGAGAUAGACAGGUAUCUAAAUAAAUUAGUUCCCUUUACGGUAUGUGCUAAGGCAAGAAGAUGCCAGGGCGCUCUGAGGAUACUGGUAGGAGGGGUCACUGUGACCUGAAGACAUACGUAAGGCUUCCUGAAAUCUGACCACUUCUUUCUAUUGCCACUACUGCACCUGAGGUCCACAUCAUCAUCAUCACCUGUGUCCCGCAGUCGUUUCCUAACUGGCCUGGCUGCAUCCACCCAAGUCCCCAGACAAGUGUGUGCGUGUGUGUGUUAAUGUAAUGUGUAUCUUGUUACACCCUCAAUUAAAACUCAACUAAAUCAGUAAAAUUCCUAAUUAAACACCAGUGGUUUCUCAUAUAUUUAAGAGUAAAAUCUAGGCUCCCAUUUUUGGCAAACAAGUCCAUAGUAAAUCUGGCUCCUGCCUUCUUCUCUAAUUUCAUCUCAUACCAUCUCCCUGCAGUCACUUUCUCCAGCUACCCUGCCCUUAUUUCUGUACCUCUCCCUUGGCAAGCUCAUUUGUCUGCCUCCAGGCUGUGCAUUCACCAUUCCUCUGUCAGGAAAAAGUGUUCCCACAUAUGCAGCUGGCCAGCACCAAUCUUAGCCCACGUUUCGCUUCCUACAAAUGCCUUCGUUAACCAGUUUCUAUCCUCCCCAGGGUCUCUCCUCUUUUAUAGCCUUCUUUUAUUAUUACCUGAACUCACCAGUUUGUUGCUUAUAUUUUUGUUUUCUGCCUCCAUGAGAGGAUGUUGUUUCCAUGAGAGCUAAAAUCCCUUCUGUCUUGUUCUUUAUUGUAUCCCAAGGCCUUGGCACUUGCAGCUGCUUAAUACAUAUUUACUGAAUGAAUAACUGCAUGAAAGGUGUCUGAAUUGAGCUUAGAUGGAUGAGUAAGGCUCACCCAGUGUAAGAAUAGUGGGAAAGUAAAGAGAAUAGCAUGAAGGAAAGACACAAAGGCAUGACUCGGCAUGGAACGGGCAGGGGUGGAAGCAGCUCAGUGUCACUGGAGAGUGGUGUCAGCAGAGAAUGGUGGUAGAUGUGGCUGGUGAUAGACAGGAAUUAGCUCACAGAGGCCGUUGUACUCCGUGAUCUUGGACUUUUUUGGUUUAGAGAUGAGGAGACCUGCAGCUUUUGGGUUAAAUCUGUGCUUCUCAAACAUUUUAACAACAACUCACAAGAAAUACAUUUUAUGUACCUGUGAACUGAGAUCCAUCCCCAGCUGUUAGAGGCUGUCACAUUCAUUGGCUCCUGGCUCCUUCCUCCACUUCAAAGCCAGCAGCAGCAGAGUUGAGUCCUUCAUACAUCGUAUCUCUCUGACCCACUCUCUUGCCUUUCUUUUACACUUUUAAGGAGUCCUGUGAUUGCAUUGGGGCCACUUGGUUAAUCCGGGAUAAUCUUCCCAUCUCAAGGUUCUCAACUUUAAUCACAUCUCCAAAGUGUUUUUGCCAUUUGAAUAUGUUCACAGAUUCUGAGGAUUAGAGCAUGGACAUCUUUUUUGGGCCAUUUUCCUGCCUACCACAGGGAUGUUUAUAGGGAAUUUUCUAAAGAUCAUAUUCCUUUCCCUCCUUUGCAUCUUUCUUUCAAUAGACAUUUAUUGAAUACUAAAUGUUUCCCAGUGUUAAUUGCUGGUAUUCAGCGGUGAGCAAGAUAGUCAAUGUUCCUGCUUUUAUGGGGCUUAUACUCUAGUAUAAAAGACAGAUGACAAGUAAUUAAGUAAAGAAAUAAGGUAGUUGCAGAUUGUACCAUGAAGACAAUAAUAAGGUGAUGAGUAAAAAAUCACUUGGGGAAGACCACGUUGGUCAGGGAGGGUGUGGGAGGGAUAGAGAUAGCGGUCAGGGAGGGGCUUCCUGGGCAAGUAACACAUGAGCUGAAAUCUAAAGGAUAUAAAUACAUCAGCCACACAAAAAACAAGGGAAAAUGAUUCUAGCAGAGGACAUGGAAAAUGCAAAGUCUCCUAGGCAGCAAAGAGCAUGCCUGCAUUAUUCAAGGAACAGUCUGAAGGCUAGCGUGAAUGGAGCAGAAUGAGCCAGGCAAACAUAUAAAGUGAUGAUGGCAAGAUGGGAGGAAGUGAGGCCAUGCAGUGGCUGAGAGAUUGUGUGCGAUAUGGGCUAUGGAUAUUUUACUAACAGCAGUAGGUACCUAUUGAAGGAUUUCAAACAGUGGUGGUGUGCAGCAGGUAACAUGAUCUGAUUUAUGUUUUUAAAACAGAGUGAGCUAUGUGAAAAUGGCUUAGAAAGGGCAAGGCUGGAUUGGAAAGACAUGUUGGGGCCUAGUGUAGACUAGGGGAGAGAUGACAGUGGUUUGAACAAGGGUGAGUUGGAAUGGAGAGAAGUGCAUUGAUCUGUAACAUGUUUUGGGGGUAAAGUUGGCAGGACUAGAGAUGGUUUUGCUGUAGAAGAUGAGAAAGAGGUUGGAAUCAAAGAUGACUUCUAGAUGUUUUUAACAACUUAGGGGUAAGAAUGUCAUUCAUUGAGAUAGAAAAGGCUGAAGGAAGAACCAGUUUGGAGAAGGGGUGCUAAGAGUUCAAACUGAACGCCUUGAUAUUGAGAAGCCUGUUAGACAUUUGAGAGGUGACGCCAAGGAGACAGAUGGAUGAGACUGGAGCUCAGGGGGAUGUGUGAGUUGGAGAUCUGUGUCUGAAAUCUUUAGCUUGCAGAUGACAUCUAGAGCCAGGGUACCAGAUGAGAUCCCUAAGGAGAGAGUAGAAAUAGAAAAAAAAAAAAAAAAUACCUUGAGAGUGCUAAGGUCCUCCAAGAGUUAAAAAUCAAGAGGAAAAGAAAGAGUAGCCAGCAAAGACUUAGGCUAAUAUUAUUUAGGGUUUUCCUGAAUGAUGACUAGGCUAGAGGUAGAGGAAUCAAAGGGCACUUUCCUAGAACCCCACAGGGACAACACUGCUGUAUCUCCAGCACGUAGUGUGCCUAGCACGUGAAAGGCAGACAUCCAUAUUGAAUGCAUAAGUGACAUUGUCUGAAGCUCUUCAAUAUCUUCUGCAUAUGUCUAGGUAUGGGGUUAAGAGGUAAACUUUUGCUUUGCAUUGGCUACCUUUUAGUGGCCUGACAUCACAGAACUUCCCAGCCUACUUUAUGAAUUUUUGGCCUAUCUUUAAUAGAAUUUUUAAAAUGUAUUACUGACCAGUGGAGCCAUUUCUUAGGUUUGAAUUGGAAACAAAUCAGAAAUUGCCAGCUUAUGUUUUCUGACAUAUUCAAGAUAAAAUCACUCUGUAAAAUAAAUAACUAAUUAAAAAACAAAUAAAUAAAUGAGCUUCUCUAGAAAAUGCAAACAACCCUUGGAAUUCCUUUUUUACUGCCAAAGAAAUCAAUCUUUUACUACUAAGUUCCAGGUGGGUUAUGAACCAUUUUUCAAUAUAUAUUUCCAGAAUCACAUGACUGGAUCAGCAACUCUAAUUAGUCAAAAUACUCUGUCUGAUAUGAUGAUGAAGCCUUGUUUGGAAGAAAAAGUAAAAGAAAAAGUGUUGUGUGGGACUAAGGUUCAGACAGGUUAAGUGACUUGCAGAUAGUCUCAAGCAUUUAAACCCAGUUCUAAAGGACCCCAAAGCCCAUUGCCAUGGUCUGAAUGUUUAUUCCCCCUCCCAAAUUCAUAUGUUAAAAUCCUAACUCUCAAGGUGAUGAUAUUAGGAGGCAGGGUCUUUGGGAGGUGAUUGGGUCAUGAAGGUAGAAUUUUCACGAAUGGGACUAGUGCCCAUGAGAGCUCUGUUGUCCUUUCCACCAUGUGAGGUCACAGCAAGAAGGCCCCAUCUAUGAACCAUUUAUGAAGUGGGCCCUCACCAGACACCAAAUCUGCUGACCUCUUGAUCUUGGACUUGCCAGCCUCCAGAACUGUGAAAAAUAAAUUUUUGAUGUUUAUCAUCUACCUAGUUUAUGAGUAUUUUGUUAUAACAGCUCAAAUGGACUAAGACUUCCAGUUCCUCCUCUAAUCCUUUGCUGACCCCAAGAAGUUUCACUGAGAUGGGGGUUGAAAUGUGGCUAAGAUAUUGGAUUUACUAGUUUUAAAGGUAUAUAUCAGUUUUUAAAAUAACAAACAAAAUUUCAACAAAGUGGAGAAAAAUAAAGUGACACUUGAAGAUCUUCUGAACUAUUUUGGCUCUGGUAUUUUCUAAGUGUAUUUAACACGAAUGAAUUUGUCUUCUUUUGCAAGGAAGAAUACAAAGCUUUAUACCAGAGUUGAUUGUUGAUGGCACAUAGAGGCUGCUCAUUGGCACUUAUUUUUAUAAUCAUGUGGCUGUUGAUUAAAGCGAAAAUAGAUGAGUGCAGGAGGGGCGAUGUGACUGUGAAGCCUUCCCGUGCAAUUUUACUUGGAUCCACUGUCAAUAUUUCAUGCACUUUGAAGCCCAGACAAGGCUGCUUGAAUGAUUCCAGACAUAACAAGUUAAUCCUGUACAAGUUUGACAGAAGAAUCAAUUUUCACCAUGGCCACUCCCUCAGUUCUCAAAUCACAGGUCUUCCCCUUGGUACAACCUUGUUUGUCUGCAAACUGGCCUGUAUCAAUAGUGAUGAAAUUAAAAUAUGCGGAGCAGAGAUCUUAGUUGGUGUUGCUCCAGAACAGCCUCAAAACUUAUCCUGCAUACAGAAGGGAGAACAAGGGACUGUGGCCUGCACCUGGGUUAGAGGACGAGACACCCACCUAUACACUGAGUAUACUCUACAGUUAAGUGGACCAAAAAAUUUAACCUGGCAGAAGCAAUGUAAAGAUCAUUAUUGUGACUAUCUGGACUUCGGAAUCAACCUUACCCCUGAAUCGCCUGAAUCCAAUUUCACAGCCAAGGUCACUGCUGUCAAUAGUCUUGGAAGCUCCUCUUCAUUUCCAUCCACAUUCACAUUCUUAGACAUAGUGAGGCCUCUUCCUCCGUGGGACAUUAGAAUCAACUUUAAAAAGGCUUCUGUGAGCAGAUGUACCCUUCAUUGGAGAGAUGAGGGAUUGGUACUGCUCAAUCGACUCAGAUAUCGACCCAAUAACAGCAGGCUCUGGAAUAUGGUUAAUGUUACAAAGGCCAAAGGAAGACAUGAUUUGCUGGAUCUGAAACCAUUUACAGAAUAUGAAUUUCAGAUUUCCUCUAAACUACAUCUUUGUAAGGGAAGCUGGAGUGAUUGGAGUGAAUCAUUGAGAGCACAAACACCAGAAGAAGAGCCUACUGGGAUGUUAGAUGUCUGGUACAUGAAACGGCACAUUGACUACAGUAGACAACAGAUUUCUCUUUUCUGGAAGAAUCUGAGCAUCUCAGAGGCAAGAGGAAAAAUUCACCACUAUGAGGUGACCUUGCAGGAGCUGACAGGAGGGAAAGCCGUAACACAGAACAUCACAGGACACACCUCCUGGUCCACAGUCAUUCCUAGAACCGGAAGUUGGACUGUGGCUGUGUCUGCAGCAAAUUCAAAAGGCAGUUCUCUGCCCACUCGUAUUAACAUAACAAACCUAUGUGGGGCAGGGUUGCUGGCUCCUCAUCAGGUCUCUGCAAACUCAGAGGGCAAGGACAGCAUUCGGGUGAUUUGGCAGCCUCCCAGGAAGGCUCCCUCUGCUGUUCAGGAGUACGUGGUGGAAUGGAGAGAGCUCCAUCCAACGGGCGACACACAGGUCCCUCUGAACUGGCUGCGGAGUCCCCCCUACAAUGUGUCUGCUCUGAUUUCAGAGAAUGUAAAACCCUACAUCUGUUAUGAAAUCCAUGUGUAUGCACUCUCAGGGUAUCAAGGAGGAUGCAGUUCCACCCUGGGUAACUCUAAGCACGAAGCACCACGGAGUGGCCCCCACAUUAAUGCCAUCACAGAGGAAAAGGGGAGCGUUUUAAUUUCAUGGAACAGCAUUCCAGUCCAGGAACAAAUGGGCUGCCUCCUCCAAUACAGGAUAUAUUGGAAGGAACGGGACUCCAACUCCCAGCCUCAGUUCUGUGAAAUUCCCUAUAGAGUUUCCCAAAACUCACAUCCAAUAAACAGCCUGCAGCCCCGAGUGACAUAUGUCCUGUGGAUGACAGCUCUGACAGCUGCUGGCGAAAGUUCCCAAGGAAAUGAGAGGGAAAUUUGUUUGCAAGGUAAAGCCAAUUGGAUGGCGUUUGUGGCACCAAGCAUUUGCAUUGCUAUCAUCAUGGUGGGCAUUUUCUCGACACAUUACUUCCAGCAAAAGGUAAUUGUUCUCCUAGAGGCCCUCAGACCUCAGUGGUGUAGCAGAGAAAUUCCAGAUCCAGCAAACAGCACUUGCACUAAGAAAUAUCCCAUCGUGGAGGAGAAUACACAGCUGCCCUUGGACAGGCUCCUGACAGACUGGCCCACUCCUGAAGACCCUGAACCCCUGGUCAUCAGUGAAGUCCUUCAUCAAGUGACCCCAGUCUUCAGACGUCCCCAUGGCUCCAACUGGCUACAAAGGGGAAAAGGAAUCCAAGGUCACCAGACCUCUGAGAAAGACAAGCUGCCCAGUGCCUCAAGUCCACCACCUUCAAGAGCUCUCCCAGCUGAGAGGAGACAACUGGUAGAUCUGUACAAGGUGCUGGAGAGCAGGGGCCCUGACUCAAAGCCAGAAAACCCAGCCAGUCCUUGGACGGUGCUCCCGGCGGGCGACCUUCCCACCCAUGAUGGCUACCUACCCUCCAACAUAGAUGAUCUCCCCGCACAUGAGGUGCCUCUCUCUGACUCCCUGGAAGACCUGGAGCCUCAGCACAUCUCCCUUUCUGUUUUCCCCUCAAGUUCUCUUCACCCACUCACCUUCUCCUGUGGUGAUAAGCUGACUCUGGAUCAGUUAAAGAUGGGGUGUGACUCUCUCAUGCUCUGAGUGGUGAAGCUUGAAGCCUGGAAAGUCAGUGUGCCCCCAGCCAGCACAGUCUACCCCAAUUCUCCCAGCCCCAACGCCAGCAGUUGUCAUCUCUGGGUUCCACCAUCAGUCUGCCUGCAGCUAGAGGACAGGCAAGCCAGCUCUGGGAGGUUCUUAGGAACUGGAUCUUCACACAGAUGCCUCAUCUUAUUUUUCCCAGGGCCUUAAGAUUACAUCCUUCACCAUGUGGACUUAGAAA